CAACAGAACUGAGACGCCAUUACAGACUGUGAGAUCUCUGUUUUCUGCAGGAAAACACAAACUUGGUCACUUGAAGCAGUCAAGGGAAGGAACAGUAACUUGGUGAGUCUUGCUGCUGAAAACGAACUUCGAUAACAAAUGGCUGAGAGAGCUCUGUUUGAAAGUUUCCUGAGUUGCCACGUGUGUUCAGAGACUUUCAGAGAUCCUGUGUCUCUGAGCUGCAACCACAGCUUCUGUUCAAGCUGUCUGCAACAAUUCUGGAAACAAACCGGAAACAAAAACUGUCCCAUUUGUAAGAGAAAAUCCUCAAAAGAUUUGCUGAAAGUGAACUUUCCGCUGAAGGAACUUGCUGACUCCUUUGCUGGGAGACAGAAAUCUGGAUCAUCUGAGACAGAACAAGCAGAGAAGAAGGUGGAGGUGGUGUGUAGUAAACAUCAGGGAGAGUCUAAAUUAUUCUGUGAGGACGAGCAGAGAGCCGUGUGUUCUGUCUGUGAGUUUUCUCUCCAUCAGAGUCACAGGGUGAUUCCUAUAGAACAAGCAGUCAGUGACCUGAAGGAGCAGCUGAAAUGUGACUUAAAGUCUCUACAGGACAAGAGGGACAAAUACAAACAAGUGGAGAAAACAUACAAUAAAGUGAUUCAACACUCCAAGAAGCAGCUGCUGUUCACAGAGAAGCAGAUCAGAGCAGAGUUCAACAAGCUCCACCAGUUCCUGAAGGAGGAAGAGGAGUCCAGACUGGCAGCUCUGAGGGAGGAAGAGGAGCAGAAGAGGAAGACUAUCAGCAGAGAGAUGAAGAUGAUUCAGGAGCAGAUCUCCUCUCUGUCAGACAGCAUCUCUGCUGUUGAAGAAGACCUACAGAAACACAACAUGACGUUCCUCAGCAGUUAUAAAGCCACUCAGUCCAGAGCCAGAGUCCAGUGCUCACUGUCAGAUCCACAGCUGGUCUCAGGAGCGCUCAUAGAUGUGGCCAAACACCUGGGAAACCUGUCCUUCAGAGUCUGGGACAAGAUGAAGGACAAGGUCCACUUCAGUCCUGUCAUUCUGGACCCAAACACUGCAAAUCGCUGGCUCCAUUUGUCUGAUGAUCUGACCAGUGUGAGACGUGCAGACACAAGCCAGCAGCUUCCUGACAAUCCAGAGAGAAACACUAAGUAUACAAAUGUUCUGGGCUCUGAGGGCUUCAGCUCAGGGAAACACAGCUGGGAGGUGGAGGUGGGAGAUCAUCCUGACUGGAAUGUAGGUUUGGUUAAAGAGUCAGUUGACAGGAAGGGGGAGCGAUCUGCUACACCAAAAUAUGGAAUCUGGUGUUUGUUACAUGGCAGUGGAAAAUACACAAAUGGUCUUGGUCAGACUGUCAGAGUGAAGAAGAGUCUCCAGAGGAUCAGAGUCCAGCUGGACUAUGACAGGGGGGAGGUGUCCUUCUAUGACCCUGAAGACAUGACUCACAUCUGCACUCACAAAGACACUUUCACUGAGAAACUCUUCCCAUAUUUCAGUGUUGGAAAUUCUGGUGAUGCUAAACUGCUAACUGCUGAGAUCAAAAUCUGUCCCACUGAUUUCUCUGAUUUCUGAUUUUCUCUGUUCAGGGAUGUAAUUUAAUUGUUCCAACUUUUACCAUCAGCAGUUUUGACUCAUGACUGUUUGAGGUUCAUUAGACUCUAAAGUCAUCAUCACACUUUACAGUCAAACCAUCAGUCUGGUCCUGCUUGUCUUUUAUUUUUGUCUUUCAAAUCUGAAGCAGAUUUAAUUUACUUUGAAAGUCACAUUUCUUUUGUUAUGUUUCUGUGCUCUGAAAUAAAUGACUAAAAGUUUAUCAUUUCGUGCAUGAAAACUGCACAAAACUAUAAAGAUUAAAAUCUUCUCAGAGAAAAAUAAGUUCAGUCUCAUUAAAAAUGCGUCUCCCAAAUAUUCAAACUGUGUGAUUUCAGUUGGUCUGUAACUUCAGGUACAAAUUCUGUUAAUUCAGUUGUGAUUUUGAAAUCCUAACUUGUCAUCGUGGCCUGAAGCAUCUUAUUUUCAAUCACACCACAAUAUAACACAAACUGUGUCCAACAUACCAAAUACGUCGUUUGCAGUUUUGUGAUUCUUAACUUUUAUUGAUUUCAGUUUUUGUGUGUAAAAUUUCUGGAUCUUCUGAUGAGUUACAGUUUUGAUAAUUUUUUGAUUUCAGUGUUUUCCUCUCAGAGUCUCAGUGGUCCAGUUUAUCUGAACACAUACUGACUCUGACUGUUAUUUUUAUAUGAUUAUUGUUUUUGUUUGUUAUUUUCAUAAAGACUCAACUCACUUACACUGAAAUCAUCCUUUUCAAGUUGUUACUUUUCCUCAUGAUGAUCAUCUUGUUCUGAGUAAAACAUCAUCAUGUAAUCAGUCAGCAGUGGAUACGUGUCAGUAACAUGAAUGGAAUAAAUUCCUUGUUCACUGAAUAAACUAAAUGUCCAUCAGAUCCUCACAGGAUGUGUAAUUAAAUCAGCUGCAGUUUUUAUUCAGAGUUUUGUGUGUGAGGCUGUUUCCAGUUGUUUUUCUACAUCUGUCAAAUAUUCAUGUUAUUUUACAAACAAAAAAUACAGAUUUGAACAAGUCAUUCUUCAGUGAAACUCUCUCACUUUCAUUACACCAUAACAUGGACAUUUCUGGACAGUCCAGACUAAAUCACUUUCUGUUUUCUUUUGUCAGAUCACAUUACAAAUGAACUGGUUGUUUCCACAGAGAUCUGAAUGAACCUCUACCACCCUGACAAGGCCACGAAGCUGAAAACAUGUGAGGAAUGAAGCCUGUCGUGUUGGAGAGGAGGUGUACAACUUGUUUAGCGCUGAUGGAGUUGUAGUGAUUGUCACGCUGGUCUGCACCUCACUGUGUGUGUGUGUGUGUGUGUGUGUGUAUGUGUGUGUCUGUGUUAUUUCAAUUAAAAAGUGUCAGAAACCUCAUUUAAAAGGGGGUCAAACUUGACCCUCCUCCAGCUUCACUGCAUGAUCAGAAUCUGUGUUGUCUGUCCCACACAGACAAUACUGAGGCACUGAGGGACAGAGAUGUAGUGAUGGGCAUCUGAAAUCAUUUGCUCCGAAGUAGAAUUCAGAUUUUCACGGAAGACAAGAAGACGACACUGAUUAAGAAAUGGAUUCACUGUUGUGUUGUGUUCGUAAUGAGGCUUUCAGGGACAACAUGCUUGUGUAACAUUAUCAACAUUAUUAAAUGUACAGGAUGAGAUUGGCUGGACUUCUGUUCUCCCUGCAAUCACCACAAGAUGGAGACAAAGUACACAUUUUGUCCACAGUCUGCUCAUUUUGAACAUUUUAUUCCCACUUCCUGUCGUUUCUCUUUGUCGGACAUACUGUGUGUCCGGGGCAGCAGAGAAACUCAUCACUGCUGUGGCUUUUCAUGUGUGGCUUCAUCAAGUGUCAGUUUACUCAAAUCACCUCAGAAACUUUAUAUUCAGACUGAAUCGUAUCUCAGACCAGAGUGUUUUUAACUU